GUAAUGUGAUUGUUUGUGCCGUGGGCUUCAUUCUCUAAAUAAAUAACAGUCAUGAACAAUCGGAGUUUAAGGCAAAAUGGAUAGAAGAAAUCGGGAAUCUAUGUAGGCCCCUAUUCGUUAUCUUCUUUUUGAAAAUGCCUAGGGGCUUCAAUUCGGACACUCUCUCUCCCUGUCGGCUGCUGGUGUGAUUUAUUAAUUUAUUUAUUGAACUAUGAGGAUGCCAUUCUUACAUGUAUUUUUCAGUUUUGUCAUAGCUUUGGUAUGGUAUGGUCUCGCCCUAAACCCGGGCACUCUUGCCGGUGAUCUCUUCGUGAAUUAUUUCCUUAUGGCCAUAACUGAAUACCCGGCUUACUGCAUUUGUUUCGUCAUCAAUAAAUUGGGAAGAAGAUGGCCACAUGCUAUUAGCAUGAUGGUCGCCGGAGUUGCUAUGAUCUCCACUAUAUUUGUCGAGCUCUAUGCUCAGAAAGGGAUACUGUCAACGGACGUUGCUCAAACCUCUCUCUUUAUGCUUGGCAAAACUGGAAUCACCACAGCCUUCGCCAUUUUCUUUAUGUGGAGUGGGGAAUUUUCCCCGACGCCCCUCAGAAAUUUCGUGGUAGGCAUGUGCAACGUGAGUGGUAGGGUGGGCGCCGUGUUUGCACCGCUGAUAGUGGAAGCAUUUGAAAAAAAUGCCCAACUUGGGAACACUAUACCAUGGAUAAUAUUUGGCGUGGUGGCGUUGCUUGCCGGAAUAAGCUCCCUUUUUCUGCCAGAGACUCGCAACAAGCAACUCCCAGAGACAUUGAUGGAUGCUAAUGAUGUUGGUGUGAAACCAACCAGCGGGUCCAGUUUACCAGAUCCAGCACACGGCAUAUCCCUCAUGACAGAACAGCCACCAGGAGAUCUCAAGGAUGAAAUCAUGCUACAAGAUAAGACAAACUCUAAAGUCAUCUAG